AUGAAGAGAUCCCUUCGGCUUCUCGAAUCACCUAGGAUAAGGCGGCUGCCUUCCGGCCACUAUAAACGCCUUGCUGCUGGAGAUCAGCUGCCGCUGCUGCAUUUGCUGCUGUGUAGCUGCAUGCAGCCUCCUCCUGAAUAUGAAUUGCUGAUAGACUCCCCAAGAGCAGCAAUAACCCCUCGCAGCACCAGCAGCAAACUCAGCACUCAACGCCCCGGCAGCAGCAGCAGCAGCAGAAGCAAACGCAGCAGCAAACGCCCCACCACAAGCAGCAACGGCAAGCUGCAGCGAAAAGCAGCGCACAAAGAAGACAUACAGCAGCAGCAGCAGCAGCAGCAGCAUCAAAGAGGAAUCACCUGGGCAGACGCAUCAGAGUCAACUGCACAUACAGAGCAGCAUAGCACACCGCAGCAAAACAGCAGCAGCAGCAGCAGCAAAAGCAGCAACCGCAGCAGCAAUCACAGCACAAGCAGCAGCAUAUUAGCUGCUGCUGAUGCAGCACCUCCACAAGAAGCACCGUCAAUUACACCCCCGGAGACGACUCCAAGGGUUGCUGCAGCAGCACCAGCAGCAGCAGCAGCAGCAGCAGGAAGAACCUCCCCGCAGGCAGCAGCACCUCAUAGAAAGGAGACAAACGGAGUCAAGAGACAAACAGAAAGUUUGAGAAAGUUAGACAGCAGCGUAAGGAGCGAAUCAGCAAAACCAAGCAGCAGCAGCAGCAGCAGCAGCAGCAGCAACGGCUACAUUAAGAAGCGAAGCAGCAAAGGCGCAGCAGACGUUGCUCAUCAGCUCCAGAAGACAUUAAGUAAAGAACAGCAGCAGCAAGCUGCUGUUGCUGCUGCUACCCAACAGCUGCAGCAACGGCAGCAGUCGGUGCAGCGGCUACGCUCGAAGAUAGCGCAGCAGCAGCAAAAAGCAGCAACAGCAGCAGCAGCACAAGACCCUUCUCUAUCUGAGAAGAUUGAAGUCGAUGUCUCUGGAUUUUCAGGGAGAGUGGAACUGGAAGGAAACAAAGCGCAGGUGUUUUUGCUCUGCGGAUUCCUCAGUGACAAUCUCGGAGACCUGCUUAACCACAUUCGAAAUCGUUCAGAGCCUCAGGCUCUUACGAUCAGCAAAGGCCAAGUCGAUAUUCCCCUCAAUCACAAAACUCUUGACUGGGCGUCUUACCCUGUAUCUGUCUCUUCUACUUUCGCCAACCGCUGCGAAGGAAAUCUGCGGUGCAAGUUGUCCACCUUCCUCCUUCACGAUGGACCCCAAAUACCCCCAGACGUCGUUCAACCCUUCCAGCCGCCUGAAGGAUUAACAAAAGUGCGGACAGUUAGAGAAGAAGCAGAGCAUGCAGCAGCUGCCCCGCCUUCUCCCUACCGCACCAUCAGCAGCAUCAGCAGCUUCAGCAGCAUCAGCAGCAGCAGAAGCUUCAGCAGCAUCAGCAGCAGCAGCAGCUUCAGCAGCAUCAGCAGCAUCAGCGGCAGCAGCAGCAGCAGCAGAGUUGUCUAUAGAACCGAGAAUGGAACUGUAGUUGAUGGUAGAGAUCUGUUAAGAAGCUCCUCUUCUCUUGAUUGCUACGUGCAGCCUUCAGGAGGCAUUACACACACUUGGCAGCUGCAGCACCAAGAGGCAUCUUUGCUGCUGCAGCAGCUGCUGCAGCAGCAGCCACAGCAGCAGAAGCAGCAGCAGAAGCAGCAUGGCCAUAUCAACUUCCAAGAGGAGACAGAAAACAGCGACAGAGGCAGCAGCAGCGGCCGCAGCAGCGGCCGCAGCACCCCACACUCUCUGCUGCCCCCCCUGCCUCCUCUCUCGCAGCCGCUGCAGCGACAGCAGCAGCAGCAGCAGCAGCAGCGGCACUUAGUGAACUCAUUUGCUUUCGAUUCCGCAGAUAGAGAAGAAAAUAGAGACAGAAGAAACGGAGACAGAGACACAGAAGGGACGUCUUGUAGGAUGCAGCGCAGGGCAGUCGUCGAGGCGCCAACAUGCAACGCUUCCCUGCCUUGGCUGUACAGCAGCAGCAGCAGCAGCAGCAGCAGCAGCAGCAUAAGCAGCAGCAGCAGAAACAAAGAUAAAAACAGUAGCAAUAGCAGCAGCAGCAGCGGCUCCAAGGAGGACCUCCAUUCGGGCGUCUCUCAGCAGCCGGAGAGUAGCCGCUGCAGCAGCGCUUGCAGCAACAUAGAGAACAGAUACUGCAGCAGCAGCAGCAGCGUUAGCAACAGCAGCAGCUGCAGCAGCAGCAAUAGCAGCAGUGUGCCUCCGCCAAAGGCCAUCAGCCCCCCACUCAAAAAGGCAGAGCCGCGACGGCCUCCUUUGCAGGUGCGACAGCAGCAGCAGCAGCAGCAGCAGCAGCAGCAGCAAGAGCAGCAAGAGCAGCAACAGCAGCAGCAGCAGCAGCAGCACCAGCAGCAAGAGCAGCAACAGCAGAAGCAGGAACAGCAGCAGCCGUUAUUGCUGCAUGCCGCUCAGAGGCAGCAGCAACGGCAGAGGGAGGGGAAACACCAACUUGAACAGAAGGAGCAUCAGCAGCAGCAGCAGCAGCAGCAGCAGCAGCAGCAGCUGCCGCUGGAGCUUAGAGAGCUAUCUGCAGCAAUGGAGACUCUCCUCAAAGAGGUCAAGCUCAACACCCUGCGGGUGCAGCAGCGAAUGCAGCAACAGCAGCAGCAGCAGCAGCAGCAAAAGGAACAGCAGCAGCAGCAGCAGGUACUGCCUACAGUUCCAAGAGUGAGACGAGUGAGGGCAACCGAGCAGCAGCAGCAGCAGCAGCAACAGCAACAGCAACAACAGCAACAGCAGCAGCAGUACUGCUUGGGUAUUCGCCCGGAGAUGAGGAGACCUCCUCUGCGAUGCUGA